AUGGAAUGGGUUCAACCAAGUCUUCACGAUCGCGAUUUGGCUGUCGCACAUGUCGCGCCCGCAAAAUACGAUCAGGGAUCACCGUCGCCAGAUCUGCCUGUUGAUCGGUCUCUCAGUUAUACCCCGGCUAGACAGGAUGAACAGAAGUUAUUGGAAACUCCGACAAUUUCGCAGCAGCCUUUUCUGAUGCUUGAGCCAGCACCUCCCGAGACUUCAUCGAAUCCCUUAGACUGGCUGUCUUCUCGUCAUCUACCCAACGUGUCACGAACAAGGGUACUGGUUGAAGAAUACUUCAACAAUGUUCAUCCUCUGCGUGCCUUUGCUUUUAUGCACAAGCCCUCCUUUUUACAGCGACUGGAUGGGGAACUCGCAAAGAGCCGUCACAAUCAUGCUUUGCUACAUGUUGUCUGUGCGUUGGGAGCCCAAUUCUACUCUCUCACAUAUAGCGAGACGAAAGCCUCUCUUGCAUCAAAGUUUAUUCUCCAUGCAGGGGCCGAGUGGGCGAAAAUCGCGCAACGUAUCAUCCUGGAGGCCCUAGAUUCUGUCACCAUCGAGAAUCUCAUGGCAGCCGUUCUUCUCCAUGACUAUGCCGUCCGCUUAGGAAACUUCUCGAACGCAUUCAUGUUAAGCGGAAUCACCACAAGGAUGACACAAGCGUUGCAAAUCAACCUGGAAUACAACACCGAUGUACUUUGUCAUGAAGCCGGGUCCAAUCUGCUAGUGACUGCAAGAGAAUCUCGCCGGCGGCUGAUGUGGAGUUGCUAUAUCAUGGAUGCCCUUGUAGGUAGUGGAGUCGACCAACUGACGCUGAUGGAUGAAAGAGAUAUUAAAAUCCAGCUUCCAUGCAACGAGCGAAACUUCACUCAACAAGUGCCUUGUCUUACUGAAACAUUGAAUCCGGGAAAUCGACUCAAACUUCUUCCUGGAGAUCAAGAUACUAACCAUGUAUCUGCUAACAUGGGAAUUAUGGCUUAUUUCAUUCGACACAUUGCACUUCGCAAGAGGGUCUUACGAUACAUCAAACACCUAGGAGACGCCAUGGUCCCCUGGUCCCCAGAAUCCGAAUUUGCCCUCUUGGACGCAGACUGCCGAGCCUGGUACGAAUCCCUACCUGCCAGUCUUCAAUUCACAUCCGACGCAAUCUACAUUCGAAAAGACACAUCCCAACUAGGCUCCCUCUGCAUAUUACACUGUGCACACUAUCAAACAAUUUGCGAUUUGUAUCGACUAGGAGCACCAGCUCUGUACAAACUGCGCGCAGCAUUCGACUUCCCUCCUGAGCAACACGAUUUCCUCCAACAUCUACAGCAAGUUCUGUUCGACGCUGCGCGCGCUUUGGCUACUAUCAUUGGUCAGACGGCUCGCCAUGGUCUGAGGAUGUUGGCAGAUUCUUGGCUUCCGACUAUUACUUAUGAUAGUUGUCGGAUUAUUGUUUAUCAUCUUACUCAGAUUCUCGAUCCGAGGGAGGAGAGUACGAGGGUGCUUAUUCUGGCGACUAUCCCUUUGCUGAGGAGUAAUAUUGCUGCUCUCAAGUCUAUGGAUUCGCUGAAUGCCAUUGCCAAUUCGCUGGGCUGCGCAGCAGAGACAAUGCUAGACCGCUCAGGUAUCGAGUCCGAGGUCGUAACACAGAACAUAAUCCCGGAUGAUCCAUACCAACCAGACGCAGAGGACGACACAAACCAAAGCAUAACAGGGACACCCGCUCAAAGCGCACCUGACUACGUCCUCAACCCCCUAACAAUCUUCCGCAUGGCGCGCAGAACAAUACCAGAACGACACGCCCCCGAAAAGGCGAGCACAAGCACAUCCUCCGCGCCAAAUAGCGUUCGCUCAGACCCGCACGCGGAGCUUGAUCGAUCUUCUGCGCGGAUCAGUGAUGGGAGACUAUUGGGUGGGAAUGAUGCGCUUGAUACUGGGCAGGCGAGUCUUGAGGAAUUACAGACUCUUUUCAUGUCUGAUUUGGGCUGGGCGUGGCAGCCUGCUGAUACGGCUGUUGGGUCUGGUAUUGAUGGUCCGGGCCUUUUGCCUUGGGCUGGCGGAUAUCCUGUUGGGCAGACUGAGCCUUGGUUGCCUGUUUUUCCGUUUCCGCAGCAGGAAUAA